CCUUACCUCCCGCCCAAACCGCCCAUCCACCCUCAAGGACAAAGGAGGAAAAGAAAACAAAAGAAAGACAAAAGACACACGCCAUGUCCGAGGUAUCCUCCGCGGUGGUGGUGACGACCAGCAUCAUCGCCCUGCUGACGGGCUUCGGGCUCGGCGUGUACGCGGUGCGCGGCUGGCUGGUGUCGCCGGCGCUGGCGGCCGAGCGCGCCGCCAACCUGCAGGACCCGGUCGAGAGCGAAGAGUCGGAUGUCGACGAGGACGAGUCGCUGCUGGACCACGCGCCCAACUGGGCCAACGGCGAGGACGCCGACCGCCGCCAGGGCUUGCGGGCGAGUGCGGGUCCCGGGGAAGGGGCGGUGGCCGCGGCGGCGGGGAGGCGGUUUAAUCCGAAUGAGGAGUGUAAAUUGGUGUUGGUGGUCAGGACGGAUUUGGGGAUGACGAAGGGCAAGAUCGCCGCGCAAUGCUCGCAUGCCACGCUCGCGUGCUACAAGUCGCUGCUGCGCGCCGCGCAGGCACGCCCGCAGUCGGCCGACGCCAAGAUCCUGCGCCAGUGGGAGCGGCUCGGGCAGGCCAAGAUCGCCGUGCAGGUUAAGAGCGAGGACGAGCUGCUGGAGCUGAUGGGCCGGGCCCGGAGCCUCGGGGUGACGGCCGAGGUGAUCACCGACGCCGGCAGGACGCAGAUCGCGUCCGGGAGCAGGACCGUGCUCGGCGUCGGGCCGGCGCCGAAGAGCAUAGUCGAUGCGGUGACGGGGCAUUUGAAGCUCUUGUGAGAGAUUACAGGGAAUAUGGAAAGUCCUAGACUGGGGAAAAAAAGCAAAAGAGUAUGGAGUUUGAUAGAAUGGAUGGGCAGGCGCAUAACGGUCCGGGUUCUGGGUCACGGCGACUCAUUGUUGGCAACAGGUCGGCGUUGUUAUUAUG